AUGUCUUCUACUAGCACCUUAUCAUUAGGGACUCCACAAUCCAGUCGAGAUCCAGAUGUCGGGGUCCAAGCCCGCCCCGUGACCGCCAGAUUCCCCUCCAACUGCACAGCAAGUUUUCAAAACGAACAAGAAUCUGAACGCUCGCCCCAGACUGCUCUCACACCCAACCAUUCUGCCUCUCGACCUCAACAGGAUUCACAUGAAGCAUCCUCAACCCCUACCAACACAAUUCAUACAGAUCCAAGUCAUCUCACCACAGAUCUCAACCCUUCUAAUUAUUGGCCUGGCCCAUCAUCAAGUCGAUCUUCCAGCUCUCUAGCCGCCUCCUUCGACACAGUCAUACAUCUAAGCCCAAGCACUAUCAUCGACCCAACCUCUACAUCUCAACUAGCACAAGGAUCAUUCCUCGAAUCGGGAUCUGAUUCGUCUCAGUUAUUAACCGAACUUGCCGCGAAAUCAGCAGCCGAAAACCCGUCGGGUUCAAAUCCGGACGCUGCCCUUAGUAUUGACCCUGAAGACACAAAAGGUUCCAAGAUCCAAUUUCACAAUGUCGUACGCAUCUCAGGCGGAAUCACAUCCAGCCCCAAGCGGAAGAGAGCAAGCAAGCCAAACAAAACCAGAGCUGACCGUCGCCGCUCGCCGUCGAUUGACGCUGACAGUUCAAAACCCUCUCGUUCACCGGCAGGGCGCUCUAGUUUCAGGAACGGAUCGCCGAGCUACCCUCAUCGGCUCAGCUCUCCCAAUCGCAUCUCCACCCAUGAUUCACGAUCCGCUCGGUCUAGAGAAACCAGAAGAUUUGAUACUCGUGACCCUUCCUGUUCACCUGUUAGUCAAUCUUUCCAAGCCAAUAGACAAUCCACCUUGAGGCCCGGGCCACCAUCUACGAGAUCAUCUUUUAGUCGGCAUUCUCGUGCCGACUCGGCCUCCCCAUCAGCCGCCAAAAACCAGCAUCGCCCUCCAUCGCUACCGGUUUCUUUUGCGCGGACAUCAUCGAUCUCGAGCUCUUUCAACGGCUCAGCCAAUUACUCAGCGACGAUCAUUUCGAGGUCGAGUUCUCCAGCUAGCAGCCUUUAUCUGCCUCUCCGAUUUCCGAUCGCCCGCGCCCCAGCGCCCUUCUUCGGCCCGACGCCCGAAAGAGUCGCUCGAGUCAGAGAGCGGCGGCAAGUAGCCCAGAGAGAUGCCGAAAGAGCCAAGGGGGGCUGGAGGGCUUGGUGGAAUAACUGGUACUAUCAGUCCGACAGAUCGGCCAUUCGCAAGGGCAAGAGCAAGCAAGGCCCAGCCAGCGCUGCGGACGACGACUGCAACCAUCACUCACAUUAUCAUGCACAUUCUGUUGAGGAUUGCGAUUCAGACGACGGAUCCUGUUAUCACGAUGUCAUUCUCGAACAUGAGCGCAAGAAACUGGAGCGCAAGUUGAAGAAGGUCAAGCAGAUCAGACCCUCGACCGUUCGGAGGGGUGAUCGUCCGGAGUCUUCAACACAUCAGGGCAAGAGGAAGAGGCCCAAUCCUGAGAAAGCCGGCUCGAACGCUCCUCAGUCCUGGCUCUCGUGGGCCUCCAGUAUUAUCGUCGGCUUACCCCCCUCGCCCGCCCAUCCGCUCUUGCUACCCACCCCUGGCUCUGGCAUCUUGCGUCGGCCUAAGCUCACGACGACUUCUCUCUUGCCGGCUAAGCCAAUCUUGCCGUUGGUUAGCGACCCAACUUACCUUGUCCCCGAUCCGCCGGAGGUGGAUAGCAGGACCCCCUUACUUGCUCGCCCGCCAAUGAUCUCUAGCUACGGAAAUCUUCCCCCCGAACCCAGCUCGUCCGACCCCUUCCAAUCCUCCUCCUCUCACAUCAAAACCUCUACCGAUGCUAGGUUCGGCUUGGCUCCUCAGAGGUGGUUCACCUUUCAUUGGUGGGCCUGGAAGGUCCAGACACUCUGUCUUGCCUGCUAUCUUCACUGCAAAUCUAAACUCGUUGGCCUCUUCCAUGUCGAUUGGGAUUCCGAUGACGCAAGGUAUGAGGGAUGGGAAAAUGCUUAA